CUUCAUCACUGGACCGCUCAAUUCCAAUUAAUUUGACAAGAUUUCCCUCACGCGAAGCGCAAAUCCCUAUUAAAAGACGCAUACUGUAAAUGACAACCCUCUAAACGCUUCGCGUGUCCGAAUGAAAUGGAAGAGGAGAGAAAGGGAACGACAAAAGGUUAAGACGCAGCUUCCCGGAGUUAUUUCCCGGCAGAGCGCCCUAAGCCACAGUCAUUGGCCCUAAGCCAGCCCCCUCCCGAGUGCUCCUAGUGUUUCUAUAGUAAUUUCUAACCAAUGAUCAGUAGGUGUCCACAUCCUAGCUUCCUCACCUCAGCACCAAUCAGCCACACACAGCGACAGGAGACAGCACGGAGCUAACACUCGGCAGCCACACACAAUACACCUCGGACCAAGCAGAGGAAACACCUACAACGCACCGUUAUAUCCCCCCUACAGCGCCGUGGUUUUAUAAUAAUAAACCGUUUUUUCUUCUUCUAAAAAGCUCGAUAAGCUAUCGCUUUAAGUUUGCUAUUUUUUGUACUUUUUUCUCAAGCCAGGAAAAUAAGUCUGUAAACAUGCUCCUUUUGUUUUGAGCGCUCUUUUUCAGUGUGGCUGUGCUCUUCCCACAUCCUCGCGUUAUUUAAUAUCUCCAUCGCGCCUUGCGGUAAUGUGCCGCUCUGUGUUGGCAGCAGACUGCUAGGCGUCUGGAAUCUCUUCUCGCCAGGAACCUGGUAGUGCUGGAGGAGACAGAAGCAGGAUGGUAACAUAUUGUUGGUGGUAACCAGCAGCUUCUAGUUUGACGAAGGCCACCGUUGACGGCGACCCCGGACUCUUCCCCAGUGAACCCUGCUCAACCGUCCCCCAGCCAUGUCUAAUAUAAACAAUGCUCUCUGCAUUGAGAACGGACAGAACGCAGACGUGUCUCUCUUACAAAAGGAUAACCUUCAGAACCUGCAGAACCUGCAGAACUUGCAGAACCUCCAGGAUGGUGGAUUAAGCCAACUUUUGGAUUAUAACGCCGAGAUGGAACGGUACCGCUCUUUCGCAAACUUUUACAAAACCAACGGCGCGUUCGGCCAGACGGCCAAGAUCGCCCGCAUCACGACCCCCAUUUUCCCCAGUGCCCGGAUAGGCAUGUCCCCGUGGAACUGCGAUAACGCCAUGCUCUGGGGGAGGAAAUCUGCAACAAUAAACCCUAAUAGGACCAGCAUGCACAGGAAUGACUCCCAGAGGCCGGGGAAGCAUGGCGUGCCGCCAGAAACGCUACAGCAAAUGGCAAAUAAUAAUUUCCUCUCUACCUUAUCCCCCGAACACUGCAGACCUUUAGCGGGAGAAUGCAUGAACAAGCUGAAAUGCGGCGCCGGCGAAGCAGAGAUAAUGAAUCUCCAGGAACGUGUCGGAACUUUUUCCGCCAUUCCGGCUUUAGGGGGCAUCUCAUUACCUCCCGGGGUCAUCGUCAUGACAGCCCUUCACUCCCCCGCAGCCUCGGCAGCCGUUACAGACAGUGCGUUUCAAAUUGCCAAUCUGGCAGACUGCCCACAGAAUAACUCCUCUGCGUCCGGCGGGAACCCGGCGAAGAAGAAAAGGAAGCGGUGCGGGGUGUGCGCGCCCUGCCGGCGGCUAAUCAACUGCGGCGUGUGCAGCAGUUGUCGGAACCGUAAGACGGGCCACCAGAUCUGCAAGUUCAGGAAAUGUGAGGAGCUGAAAAAGAAACCUGGCUCGUCGCUGGAG